UAUGAAAACAGUAGUCGCACCCAUGCAUCUCACAGUCUUAAUUUGUGCUCUUAUUUUAACCACUUGCCACUCGGUUGAGAUACCGAGUUUUUUGAAGAAAUGCGACCGAAAAAAUGACAAGUUUGACAAGUGUCUGGCGGCUGCCAUCGAAGAUGCCCUUGCAAGAUCUACAAACCCAGUGAAAGAGAUUGCUUUAGCAAGACUAGAACCACUAGAAAUACCGUUGCUGGUAUUUGAAAAAGGGUCAGGAGCUGUGGCUUUCGAACAAAACUACCAAAAUCUAAAAGUUAGCGGAUUUUCGAGAGCUAAUUGUUCCAAAGCGGAGAUGAAUUUCGACACCAACACUUUGACUAUAGACUGUGGAGCAGACCUGGCUAGACUGGACUACAACUACGAAGUUAAUGGCAAACUUCUUCUUUUGCCCAUCGUUGGGAAAGGUCCUGGGUUUAUCGAGAUGCAUAAUUUGAGCCUUCAUCUCACUUUCAGUCUCGAAGAGUACGAGAAAAACGGGAAGACACAUUAUAAGGUCGUCGACAACAAGCUCAUCUUGAUGCCGCAGUUGAUGAAAUUCCGGAUGGAUAAUUUGUUUGAUGGAGAUAAAAUUCUCGGGGAUAACAUUAAUCAAGUUUUGAAUGACAACUGGUCGGAAGUGUUUGCGGAGGUUAAGCCAAAUUAUGAAGAGGCUUUUGGGAAGAUUUUUACCGCGAUUUUUGAAAAUGUGUUGAAAAAGGUGUCGAAGACGGAGCUUUUUGGUAAUCCGUGAACGAUAAUCGUAUGUGAAUUAUCAGUUAAGUUGCUAAUAAAGAUGUGAUGAAACUGGUUCUUUGAAA